CAAUUUUUCUUUCAUUCGUUCGUGGGUGUGGUGGGUGGCACAUUCAUUGUGUCCACACACUCAUUGAUUCUCCCUCUGAUAUCAUUGUUUCAUUGAUAAAAAACAACAUGUCUGAGCUUCAAGUUGAUCAACUCGGCCAAUUACGUGAAAUCUUCGCCAGAUUCGACAUGGACUCCGACGGAAGCCUAACCAUUCUCGAACUCGCCGCAUUGCUGCGAUCAUUGGGGCUCAAACCCUCAGGCGAUCAAAUCCACAUGCUGUUAACCAACAUGGAUUCAAACGCCAACGGGUUCGUGGAAUUCCACGAGUUGGUGGACGCCAUUUUGCCUGACAUUAGUGCAGAAACGUUGUUGAAUCAGGAGCUGCUGCUCGGGGUGUUCAAGUGCUUCGAUCGCGACGGGAAUGGAUAUAUAUCAGCCGCGGAGUUAGCCGGAGCAAUGGCGAAAAUGGGUCAUGCUCUCACGUAUAGGGAGCUCACGGAGAUGAUCACGGAGGCGGAUACAGAUGGAGAUGGUGUUAUUAGCUUCAAUGAGUUUGCCAUUGUUAUGGGUAGGUCAGCGGCGUCUGAGUUCUUAGGACAUGCAGCAUUGUGGUGACGCCGCGUUAAAAUUAGUAGGUGUUUGAAACAUACAAGUGGUAGGGAUCCAUAUCAAUUUGAAGCAAUAAAAUAGUUGCUUUUGGAAAGAAAAAUCCAUAUCUAGAAUUGAAACCAAACAUGCCGUGUUUCCUUAAUUUCCUUGUUGUUGUGCCCAAAUGGCAAAAUGGCUGCAUGUGAAAAGGGGAGGGAAGAUUCUUUGACUAACAUGUAUAUUCUUUAUUUUUUUAUUUUUAAUGAUGUAGUGUGUACUAUAAUUUCAUUUUUCUUUGGUUAUAGGGUAUCUGUUUAGCUGGUUGUUGGAAAUGUGCUAUAUGAUUGAGAAUUUGAUGUGGAUGAUCCUCAAUUGUAAUGAAAUGAUCAAGGAAUCAAUUAAGGAUGUUUGGUUUUUCCUCAC